AUGAGAAUCGAGGUGUGGGUGUGGUUGAAUGCCUGGCCACGCCCCUCCUCCUAUAAGACAGCAGGAGUGGGAGUUGUCACGGAGACGAAGCUCCCAGGCGGGGUACAGACACUUGCCAAGAUGUCUCGCUGUCAGCCUGAAGGACCCAUGCUGCAGGUGUUCUGCUUGCGAGGUGUGUGUGUGUCCUACACACUGCUGUUGGUUUUGCUCCUGCCUGAGCUUGGCCUUGUGGCUCGUCCGCGCUGUGGAGUGGAGCUCAUCGCUGAUCUGGAGUUUGUGUGUGGCGACCGAGGGUUUUACAGAGGUCGAGCACGUAAUGGGGGCUCUCGCUCCCGGGGUAAUGGCAUCGUGGAACAGUGCUGCAUAAAAGGAUGUGACCUGCAGCAUUUAGAGCAGUACUGUGCCAAGCCCAGUAGAGGGCGCCGACAAGCACCCGCAUUCCCACUGCCAACCAGAGAGGCCCAGUUCCAGAUGCUGUUUUUGAAACAGUACCAGAGGUUUCUUGAGCUCAACCCAGAAAAACUGGCCCAGAGAAUGCAGGAGCAAUCACUCUACCUAGAGACACUCAGAAACCCAACGUUACUUAAUUCUAACGAGAAGAUAUCCAAUCCGCCUGUAUGCUUAUGA